AUGGAAGGGAAUUUUGAGCUGAAACAUCCUACGAUUCAGCUACUUCACUCCAGUAGGAAAUUCACGGGGUUGUCGUACGAGGAUCUUCAGCGACACAUUCAAACCUUCUUGGAGAUUGCUGACACUUUUAUCGCAACAGUCUCUGCAAAUUAUGUUCGGCUUAUGCUUUUCCCAUUCUCUCUACUAGGGAAAGCGGAGAGUUGGUUAUUGGCAAAGCCUACUAAAUCUUUCACCUCUUGGGAUGAUUUAGCGAGGAAAUUCCUGACAAGGUUCUUUCCACCUGGGAAGAAAGCUAGGCUCCGGAAGGAGAUCAUAUCAUUCAGGCAGAAAAAUGGAGAGAAUCUGUUCUCUCAGAAUAGUCCAGAUUGCCAAUCUAAGAAGGCAGCUAGAAUUAUUGAAGUGGAUAAUUAUACGGCACUAUCAGCACAGAUUGAGGCUAUGCGCGAUGAAUUCAAAAACUUUACUAUGGGGCAGGCCCAACCAUAG